AGGAGGAGGGCGGGGAAAAGCACAGCCCGCUGCUGCGACGCCAUUUGCCACUGCCGAGCGUGGGCACGGGCGACUCUGAAGCACUGGUGACCAACCUCUGCCGAGCACGCUUCUUGGUCUCCCGCACAGCCUUCCUCCCGCGUGCUUCUCAGCGUUGCCCGUCGGAGUCACCGCUGUCCCUGCCGCCAUCCGGAGCACGGUCCCGUACCCCACCAGCUCGUCUUUGCCGCCAUGCCCAAGAAUAAAGGAAAAGGAGGUAAAAACAGACGUAGGGGAAAGAAUGAGAAUGAAUCUGAAAAACGAGAGCUGGUAUUCAAGGAAGAUGGUCAAGAAUAUGCUCAGGUAAUCAAAAUGUUGGGGAAUGGACGAUUAGAAGCAAUGUGUUUUGAUGGUGUGAAGAGGCUAUGCCACAUCAGAGGAAAACUGAGAAAAAAGGUUUGGAUAAAUACCUCAGACAUCAUAUUGGUGGGACUCCGAGACUACCAGGAUAACAAAGCGGAUGUCAUUUUAAAAUACAACGCAGAUGAAGCUAGAAGUCUCAAGGCGUAUGGCGAGCUUCCAGAACAUGCUAAAAUCAAUGAAACUGAUACAUUUGGUCCUGGAGAUGAUGAUGAAAUUCAGUUUGAUGACAUUGGGGAUGAUGAUGAAGACAUAGAUGAUAUCUAAAACGAACCCAACGUUUUACAUUCCAGUCUUUCUGCAGAUUGUCUUGCAAGUUUGGAAUCUGGCAUUAGAUCUGGAGAGAAAGUUUUUACUAUCUCGACUUUAAUUUUUUUUUGAGGCAGACUCAAUUUGAUACUAAGGUCUUUCAAAACUGCUAGUAUUGUAACUGAUAUGGUAAGCCCAUUUGGUUCAUUUGAUUUAAUGGUACUCUAGUAGACCAUGUAAGAAAAAAAAAAUAACGUUUACUGCCUUUCCUACUUUGAUCCCUUCCACUAAGUGAGUGAAUAAAACUGUUUGCCUUUUUCUCAAAUUACGAUUAAGCCCUACUUUUGCAUAACUGUUGUCUGUACAGUCUUUGUGUAUAUUCCAGUUGCCCAGAGAUUUUGAUACAAAUGGAGGCGGAAAUAUGUGUUUUUGUUUUGUUAUAUCUUGAGACAGAGUCUAACUUUGUAUCUGAGGCUAGCUUGGCAGUUCAGUGUACUCGUAGUGGACCUCCGACUGGCUAUGAUCCCACUUUCUUAGCCUCCUGAGUGCUGCGAUCAUAUGUAUGUACAACCACACAUGGCAGAAAUCUAUUUAAAGGCAAAAAUGAUAGGGUCUGCCUUAAGUAUGUAGCUAUUUUUAUACUAGUUUUGAUACCACGUAAGUUCUUUUCAUGAUUUUAUUUUGUAGUCAUCAGCUUACUGGGGUAGGAAAGGCAUUUGCCAAAUUGGUUUUGUUUUUUUUUUUUUUUGUUUUGUUUUGUUUUUUGUUUGUUUGUUUGUUUGUUUGGGCGACACUGAGACAGGGUUUCUCUGUGUGGCCCUGGGUAGAAGUCACUCUGUAGACCAGGAUGCCCUCGAACUCAGAGAUCUACCUGCCUCUGCCUCCUGAGCUCUGGGAUUAAAGGUAAACAGCAGCACCACCACCACCUUGCUCAAAAAUGUUUUUAGAAACUACUUUUAAUGCCAAUUUUGAAUUAAAGUCGGUAGUUACAGAAAUCGAACACUAGGUGGUGCUCAGUUGUCUUAACACAGGAAAUAAUUAUUCAGGUGGUCUCUUUUCUCAAGUAGUGUGAACAGGAAAUUUCCCAAACAAGGAAAAGCUUGUUUUCAUCAUGUGUGUAAAAUAUUUUUACCCAACGGAAAGAUUGUUUUGGAGUAUUUCUUUUGUCAGAAGUCUUAUUCACAUGAGCUACAAUUUUGAGUGCUUUAUAAAUACAUAAAAUAUAAGCAAAUAAAGAUUGAAGUGAAUAUUACAUAGCAAAAAUAUAAAUUAAUGCCUUGUCAGGCUCUUCCUAAACUGAGGGGCAAAUAAGGAAAUAACAAACUUAAGCCUGAUAUAAUGGCAUGACAGUAACCCUGCACUUACAAGGUCCAGGCAGGAGAGUUGGGAGUUCAAGGCCAGCCUGGGAUAUGGGUAGGUACAUGUUUUUAGGAACUGGUUUUUAAUGCCAAGUUUGAAUUAAGGUCUCAAAAUAACAAACUUAGUGAAAAGAUGCUUUCUUAUUUCUGACUUUACAUUAUGGACAAAUUCACUACAUAGACAGUAUGGAGAGGGUCCAGGGGGAAGCCCAUUUUCUUUCUACUGGGAAGUUAGGUUUGCUCAUGUUUAGGAGUUAUUUCAGUUAGACUUGAGCUAGUCAGAAUUCACUAGCCACACUGAAACCAUGCCAGUUUAAAACUAAGGUCCACCAGGCAGCUUGUGGGCCUUGUACUCUACUAGAAUCGAAAACUGUUCUUUUGCGAAAAGUAGUACACAAAGGAAUGCACCUUCCCUUGGUGUCUAAAAUAAGAUCUUCUCCAAUCCUUUGCUAACUAUGACUUGAUCUCCUAGGGUUGUACACUCUGCUUCAGAAUCCGGGGUCCCAUAAAAACACAGAAAAUGCAGUGAUGUGAUUUCUGUCUUUCUGAUUCUGUGAAGUUCCUUGGUGUUUAUCUAAGCAGAGCACAUCUGAGAACAAGGCUGAAACUAGCCCUGAGGCAUUUGCUGAACACUUGUCUUCCUCAGUAAUUAGACCUAUGUACCUUAAAAGUGUUUCACCAGCUGGAUAUCGCAUACACUGUGAUCCCUGCACAGGAUUUGUCAUUGAAUAGUAGCCAGGGAUAUAUAAGACUCUGUCUCAAAAAUAACCAAUGAAAGAACAAUUUUUGCUAAGUUUGCAGUGUAUAUGCAUGUGCAUUAUUUUAUGAGCAGUGUUUUAACUCUACAUAGGUGAUGCAAGCUCAGAAGUUGAUUUUCUACUUCCUAUAACAGGAUUUGAAGGGUUUUUUUUUUUUAAGAUUUAUUUAUUUUAUGAGUGUUCUAUCUGCAUUUACACCUGCCAGAAGAGGGAAUCAGUUCACAUUAUAGAUGGUUAUGAGCCACCAUGUGGUUGCUGGGAAUUGAACUCAUGACCUUUGGAAGAGCAGACAGUGCUCUUAACCACUGAGCCAUCUCUCCAGCCCCGAUUUGAAGGGUUUUUAGAAAUUACACAUGACCCCAUUUCCUAUACCUUUUGGUGGUUUUUUUUUUUGUUUGUUUGUUUGUUUGUUUGUUUUCUUUUUCUUUUUUUCUUGCCCUGAAUAGUAGCAGCAUUAUUGAGUGCUCUUGCAUCCUGGAAGAUAUGGAGUCAUAUUGAUUUUAAAUAGUUGAAUGCAGUAUGCAAAUGCUACCUGGAAGUUCUUUGACAUGUAUUUGGUGUGGAAAUUUUAUUGUUUCACUGAUUUGAUUUAACUUCAAAUAAGGAGUGGAAAUGGUCUUUAAGGAAAUUGUUUUCUUUACAACUCUAUAUAAGUUCCCAGGAAGAAAAAUGAAAUGUUUGAAAUCUACGACUAAUGGUUUUUCUUUUUUUUUGUUAUUGUUGUUCAUUUUGUGGAGGGGGGGAGAUGUUUCAUGUUUGUAUUUUUGAGACAGGAUCAUAUGUAUCCUGGGCUGGCUUUGAAACACCAACAGCUGAGACCAGCUUCAGACUUCUGACCCUCUGCCUUUACCUCCCAAAUGCUGGAGUUAAAAGUGUGUACAAGCACACCUAUGUAGAAUAAUACCUCUUCCUGCUACGAUGCUGGAACAAGUUAGUGCUAAGCAAUUCGACAGGCUCACGGUCUGAUCCCCAACACCAAUAAACAAACAGUCUGAUAGGAUUGUGUUUUUCAUGUCGUCUAUUCCAGUUAGAGCAUGAACAUGCUGUGUUGCUAAAGUGACUACGUAACCACACCAAGUGUCAGUGUAAAAAGACUUGCCAGGAUUUAGUCGUUUGCCUGUGGAGUCUUCUUUCUUAACCAUCUAACUUUGAGGGAGCCACUUUUAGGAGACUACAAAGUCUUCAUGAGAGGAGUUUUUAGAUUCUAUUGGAAGAUGGCCAUUGUUCUACUCAUCCCAUGUAUGGAAUUAUGGCUAUAAGUUGUCGCUUAAAAAUUUCUGUGACUUGUAAUGUUAUAUAAUCUCGAUUAUCUUAGUACACUUUAAAUUGCCAUGUUGAACAACAUCUUUAAUAGAUAGAAAUUGUCAGUGUUGACUGCAAAGUAACUGAAUAAUCAAAUAGGUAAACGCAUGUUUUAAAUAGCUAGACUUCUACUCAAUUUGUAUUCUGUACAGAUUUAAUGAUGUCCACUAUAAACUGUGGCUUUACAGGCAAAAUAUCAAAAUGAAGAGUUCUGUUUGUUAACCUGCCUUUCAAAAAGAUUAAAAGCAUUUAUAUCAGUG